UUGGCACAGGUAGCGCGCGCUGGGGGCGGGGCGGGGCGCGCCCCCAAUCACGGGGAGGGCGGCCAGCCUGGAGGUGGCAGCGGCACCACCGCCGCCUCAAGCGCCAGCCCCAGCAGCAGCGCCCCCCCGGAGACACCGCGCCGCAGGCGCGCGCGUGCGCGAGGGCGCCCAUGCCAGCCGCGACUGCGGCUGCGCGGGGCCACCAGGCAACGCCUGCGCGGCGCUUCGCGCGGGUGGAGCCUGGCGGCAGCCUGGGAGAUGGCGAGCCCCUGGCCAGAGCCGCGCUGGACGCCAGGCGCCGCGGUUCGGCGCGUGGCGAGAUGUGGCUGGAGAGGACCGACCGGCCCACCUCGCAGGCUCAGCUGCGACAUGCCUGGCAUGGAGCCGCUGCGGGUUCUGUGCGCCGAGCGCUCCUGCUUGAAGCAGCGCGUCAGGGCAGAGGAGAGCGCGCCGCGAGGUUCGAGGGCUCCGUGACGUUGCGGUUGGAGGAGAUAGAGUUCCUGGGCCUCCAGGCCGCGUGCUGAGGGACGCCGCGAGGCUUCACAGGCCAUCGGGGCCGCGUUGGACGCCUUGGACGUCGCCGUCGACAUCGUCGUCGACGCUUGCAUGUUGGGGGCGCGCCCUGGGACUGCUGAGCCGAGGCACAGAAACCUGAGGGAAGCCGCACUUCAUGACAGUUUUCAUCAGUUGGCUUUCCCGGGUUGUUUUUGCUCUCGGCGUUGCCUGCGAGCUUGUGCAUAGAUUGUAGCCAGGCUGGACGACGUGGCGGUAAGUCGGGUGUGGCCGUAUAUGUUCUGCGACGCUUGGAAAUUAGGGUUUUUGUGUUUUACGUUGUUCUUCUUCCUCCCUCCCUCCUCUCCGUGCAUGUUUUAUUCAAUUGACCGCCUAUGGAGCCUAGUUGACUCCUCGGUCCACGCCGCAAUCGCGCGAUUCUUUCUGUGAGCGGCACUGUGGAAUACUGUCUGCACGGGGCCACUGUACUAUUGAUAUGUUUAUCUGGCCUGUUUAACAGGGGUCGCAGCAGGAGGACGAGGACGGGGAAUUGAGAUGUUGUCCGCGGACGGGGGAGCAUGCACGGACACGCCCUGCGCGCGGUGCGCGGUGUCUCCGUGCUCGUACCGCCCGACAUCUGGAUUCUUUUCAUUGUAGCAUCACGUCCAUCAUCAGUUCAAGCGGUGCUGGCAUAUGGGAAGAAUCCACUGCGCGCGUCGGCACUGGCCCGAGCGCGCCGUAGUCUGCAAGUGGUUUGGGGGACAGCUGCGAUAUCUCCUGCUCGCUUCGGCAGGUGUGCGGGAACAGGUCCCAGCACGAUGGCCAUGCGCUUCAGCGACGGCGAACACAUUGCCCAAGAAAUGCAAAACAUCCAGUCGCGCUCGCUUCCUGCCUCUUCUCAACAUCCUUGUUUCCUAUGUUUUUCCUCUUUCCUCUUCUUCGCUGCAUUCGCAAGCUUCAUCGGCAGGUCCUUCUCGGACGCCGCCUGCAAAAUCGGCACGGCCGCGCAGAGAUACGUGUUUUGUUGCGGCCUCCGCGCUGCGACGGCGAAAAUACGCCGCGCCAGGAUUGGG